UAUAUCAAAAGUCACAUAACACAUUUAAAUAAUGUUUCAAAAACUUUCCAUCAUGAUCUUCUUUCUGUACUUCGCUCAAACGUUGGCGGAAGACUCAAAGCAAAAAGAAUUUCGAAGCAACGCCGAGAAGUACCUUUUCAUUUUCGGCUGCAUCAUACUGGUGACCAAGACUCGUCACUUCAUCAUAAACACCGGAAUCCCUGUCCCUUACUCCGCCGUCUGUAUGAUUUGCGGCGUACUGUGGGGAGUCGGAACUUGGUAUAGCCCCUUCAUGACCAAUAUCGCUUCAGUUUCGAAUAUUAUCAUCAAUGAACUUGAUGUCAUCUUUCUUCCGGCGAUGGUUUUCAGCAUUGCCAUCUGCAUGGAUAUCCACACCUUUCUUUAUUCUCUUCCACAAAUUUUAGUUAUCGCUUUCCCAGUUGCCAUUCUUGCGAGCGUCAUGUUUGGAAUACUGAUGCGCUUGGUGAUCGACCGGAGCUGGUCAGUGGCUGAUAGUCUGUACUUCGGGGCGUUAACACAAGCUAUCUACCCUACAGAAAUGCUCCGGUUAUUGAAAGAAUCUGGACAUCGCACAAAAUACGUCUCGAUUUUGCUCGAAGGAGAAACACUUCUAUCGGUUUCAAUCGCUGUAGCAUUCACACAAAUUUUAGGGUUGCAUAUUGGUGGAUGGAUUGCCCACUGGUACCAAUGGAUGAUGGGGUUGGUGCGAACUCUCGUCGUUGCUUUGCCGUUAGGUUGCCUCUUUGGAGUUUUCGGAAUUUUUCUCAUGAAACUAUCGUAUACCGACACUCCUGGACUUUUAAUGGUAACAGUAUCAAUGUGUUAUAUGAGUUAUUUCGUCGUUCAUUGGAUCACAAAUGCUGGAAUUCCUGCCUGUACCAUUUGCGGAAUUUUCAUGGGGAGAGCCCGUGCAACUCUUUCGAAAGAGAGGGAAGAAUCAAUUAUUGAUUUCUGGAAAAUGGUUGUUACCAUAAUGUGCGGAAUUCUUUUUGUUGUGGCUGGAGUAAUUGCACCGAUUAUUUUACGAUACGACACACAAUUGAAAGAUUAUAUCCUAGUCUUAGUCACUUAUCUCAUGGCGAAUGUGACACGAUUUCUUAGUUUUUUCUUGUUUUCGCCGAUUUUAUCAAGGACUGGUUACGGCUUGUCAUUCCAAAAUAUGGUGAUUUGUGUUUGGGGAGGUUUAAAAAACCCUCUAAUCUUAAAUUUAGCAGUAGACUUGACUAUGAAAGUUUAUCUAGAUAAUGCACACCAAAGACAAAUUCUUUACUUACAUGUCGUCGGUCUGUAUUUGUUGAUGCUUUUCAUUAAUGCUACUUUUAUACCAGUUCUGUUAAGAUCUUUAGGAUUAAUGGAACUGUCCCUCUCCAGAAGAAUUAACAUGAACAACUGCUUGAAAUUUAUAAAUGAAGCAAGAUCACGGACCAUUGCCAUCCUAAAAAUGGAUAGGUUCCUUUCGGACGCGAAUUGGCCACUGGUAUCCGAAUGCACGACUUUAGAACAUCCCUACAGAAAAAAAACUUCAACUGAAGCGGAACAAGAAGAAGAAGAAGAAGACGAGUAUCUCCUAUCCUACAAAUUCACAUUUUGUCCAGAUUGUCAAAAAGAGGUACCAAAUGAACCCUCUCCUAAAGAAAUGAAAGACAUGAUGAAAGAAGCCAAACUCAGAAUUCUCAAACUAAAGAAAACAGCCUAUUCGAGACAAUACGAAAAUGGAAUGAUUUCAAGACAUGCGAUUCGAACCAUGCAUCAAGCAGUAGAAAUCGCUAUGGAUAGCCAAGAAGCGACGAUCGAACUCGAUGGCCUUUACAAACUGUUCGAAAAAGAGGCUUUCUUCUUUAGAUUUCUUCGAAAUCAUCUCCAGAAGAUCCUCAAAAACAAGGGUGACCAACUUAAACCGCCACGAUUGGAAUGGCGCUUGUGGUGUUAUCGCAUUGUUACCCAUGUUGCCUUUACCAUUUUUAUAAACAUGGUCGUUUUAAUUCAGACGAUAUUCAUCAUAUAUUAUUUUGCCACUAAAGUGGAAAAACAUCAUGUAAUGUAUAUUGUGAUAGUCAAUGCUGAUAUUUUCUUUUUCAUUAUGUACUUAACUGAAUUCUUAUUCAAAAUCUUUGCCUAUUCGUGGAUUUUGGUUUGCAGGCAUGGAUUUCGAACUUACUUCAGAUCGUGUUGUAACGUCUUAGAAUUUAUAAUUUUAAUUGCUGUAUUUGCUCUAAUUAUCUUUCAUGGUGUAAUAAACUUAACUAGAGCCAAUAUGUGCUAUUAUGUUGAUUUAGCAGUUUGCAUUCUUCUCGGAUUAAGAUUAUUGAGGGUUUUGAAACUUGUUAACUAUUUGGCUUUUUGUCGAAGACUGCCUGUUGCCUUGACUAAAUAUUUGGAUGCUAAAGUCGACAAACAUAGGGCUUUAGCUUUUGAAUUGGGAAAAUGUUACAUUACUGGGGAAGAAGAGAUAUUAGAGAACCUUCACCAAAUCGUCGAUAAUGACAAAAUUAGAGAAAGUAUACGAGAAGGAAUCGAAAAUGAUCGUCUUGCCAUAACCAAAAGAUUAGGCUUGGCCCAAAAAGAAUCACCAUGGGUUACCACGACUGUCAAAACACGACUGGCCAUGAGAACAGUCUUAAAUAGUUUGAAGGACGAUAUUUACGAGUUGAAACUUUCUGGUUGGGUUGACGAUCUUGAAUAUGACAAACUUUUGAAAUCCCUAUCGAAAAGAUAUAAAUAUGUUGAUGCAGUGAAACUGAUUCCACCUCCGACAAGUAAAGCUGUUUUUAAGGAAAUUUCUUAUAUGGGAGACGAACCCGAGUUGAUUGAAUUUUUGUACACAAAUCUGUCUACAAAAAAAUUUGAUCCAGGUGAAGUAGUAGUUAAAGAAGGAGAAAAUCUGGAGGGAAUCUACAUUCUGAUCUCGGGGAUGAUGAUGGUGUCUUAUACACCACAUCCCUUAAUUCUUGACAAUUUGAAAGAAAAAGGAUCCAUACCUGUUGUGGAUCACAUAUGUUCACUUACGUACGACGAACCAAUGAGUGAAUAUAUUGUCCCAGGAAAUAGUAUAGGCGAACUCUCAAUACUAUCUGGGAGGGGUUACGAUGGUAAAAUCAUCUCAGAAACACACAGCCAAGUCUACGUUUUGUAUAAACCAAUAAUAAAAACCGCGAUGGAAAUGGACGACGAUCCUGUCAAUGGACUCGAAAGCCGAAUUUGGAAAUACAUCAGUUUUAAGAGAGCGUUGACUGUCAUGAUGAACGUACCUUCAUUCCGGUCUUUAACACAACAAAAUCUAAAAUACACACUCGAACGUUCAUUUAUACCGAACCUUUCAAAUUAUAAAGUUUUCGUUAUAAAUGAAAUGAUGGAAGAUAUUAUCCUCAUAGAAGGUCUUGUUGUUGAUUUUAAUACGAGGGACGUAUAUGCGGCUCCGUGUUAUAUUCCAAGAGCAUGUCAGAGACUCAUAUUGCCGAGAAGUAGUUUUGCAAAUUUUGACGUAAUAAUAGAAACGAAACUUUUGAUAAUUCCCGCCAAAGAUUUCGAUGAAUAUGAGAUAAUGAUCCAUGAAGAAAAAACUUGUGAACUGGUAAGCAAUGAAACAAGUAAAUGUUUGCAACAUUUAAUUCAAACAAAAGCGUCUCUGAGUGCAAGAGUUGCUAAACACAAAAAGAGUGGAGUACCAAGUCUUACUAAAAAUAUUAGACGAAAAAUGGCAGGAGGGAUUGAUUCAACUAAGAGCAAAAUGAUUUUCAUGGCGUCUAAGUCGAGAAUGUCGACCAGUUCAGGGCCUAAUUAAUUUGUUGUUGUGUUUUUUUACUAAUAGAAGAAUUUUUGCUCAAAUUCGAAAUCACAUGAUUUUUUAUUCAUAAUCAUAAAGCAAAAUGUAAUAAAAUUACCUUGCAUGUGAAAAGUUGGAAAAUAUGAUAUUUCAAACACUGAUAUGAAAUGUUAUAGUUCAGGUUAGAAAGUGGUGACUUAUCAGGUUUCGGGUUGGGAAGUACCUAACCAUUUCCCAACCUAUGUUUUUUUAAUUUUCUGUUGCUCGUUCAGGAAUUUCCGUUCAGGAGGAGUAUGUACAACGGUGAGCAUUCAAUUUUGCCUUUAUCGGCUAGGUUUUUGCCAAGCAGAUGACAAAAAUAUGUCUCUCGAGCAAAAAAUUCAGUAUGAAUUAGAUAGACCACUUAAGUACAUUUUUUUGUUUGGUAUUAUCUUCUCCGUGUCCAUAAUUCGCUUCCUUGUGAAAAUUGGUGGAAUUCCUAUUCCUUAUUACCUCUUUAGCAUACUUAUUGGCAUUUUAUGGGGAAUUGGUUCAUUGCACAGCGAUUUUAUGCAAAGAAUGUCGAGUGUUGCCCAAGUACCGAUCCAUCACAUCAAAGACGUUUAUUUGCCAGCUAUUAUCUUCACUACUGCUUUUUGUAUUGAUGUUCAUGCAUUUUGGAGAUCUUUGAUGCAACUAUUCAUAAUAUCUGGACCAGGUUUGCUUCUUAGCGCUUGCAUGUGUGGCAUGUUGAUGCGAUUAGUGAUCGAUACUAAAUGGGGAUACAUAGAUGGACUGAUUUUUGGCGGUCUGAAUUGCGCAGUGUAUCCUUUAUACAUUCUCACAUAUUUGAAGGAAUCAAACAUCCAGAGCCAUCAUGUGACAGUCUUGCUCCAAGGAGAAACUCUCUUUUCAUCAAUAAUCACUGUUACGUUAUAUGAUUUUUUAACGGCUAAUCGUGAAGGAUGGGUUAUAUACUGGUACCAGUUUGUAUGUUCACUCAUAAGAUUGUUGUUUUUUGCGAUACCAAUCGGUUACUUUUUUGGAUGGCUAGGUGUUAUUUUGAUGAGAUUUUCUAACAAUAAUACUGUCAAACUUAUGCUACUUACAUUGUCAAUUGCAUACUCAAGUUUCUACUUUACGCGAUGGAUUUGUUUUGGUGGAACUAUCGCAACCACGAUAGUAGGAAUUCUCAUGAGUAAAGAACGAAUGUCUCUUUCAAAAGAAAU